AUGUCCUCCAACGACGAGGUUGACGGCUGGAUUGCCCAGCUCAUGCAGUGCAAGCCCCUCAGCGAGACUGAGGUUAAGAAGCUCUGCGACAAGCACGACCUGUCUGAGCUGUUCCGCAUCGGUGGCAACUCGCCCGACACCAACUACCUGUUCAUGGGCGACUACGUCGACCGUGGAUACUACUCCGUCGAGACGGUGACGCUCCUCGUCGCGCUCAAGCUGCGGUACCGGGACCGUGUCACGAUUCUCCGUGGAAACCACGAGUCUCGCCAGAUCACGCAGGUGUAUGGCUUCUACGACGAGUGUCUCCGCAAGUACGGCAACGCCAACGUGUGGAAGUUCUUCACCGACCUGUUCGACUACCUGCCCCUGACGGCUCUGAUCGACAACCAGAUCUUCUGUCUGCACGGUGGUCUCUCGCCCUCGAUCGACACGCUCGACCACAUCCGCUCCAUCGACCGUAUUCAGGAGGUUCCCCACGAGGGCCCGAUGUGCGACCUGCUCUGGUCUGACCCCGAUGACCGCUGUGGCUGGGGUAUCUCCCCCCGUGGUGCCGGAUACACGUUCGGACAGGACAUUUCCGAGGCGUUCAACCACAACAACGGCCUCACGCUCGUCGCCCGUGCCCACCAGCUUGUCAUGGAGGGCUUCAGCUGGUCGCAGGAGCGCAAUGUCGUCACCAUCUUCUCGGCCCCGAACUACUGCUACAGGUGUGGAAACCAGGCCGCCAUUCUCGAGGUCGACGACGCCCUCAAGUACACGUUCCUCCAGUUCGACCCCGCCCCGCGUGCGGGCGAGCCCCUCGUCUCGCGCAGGCCGCCGGACUACUUCCUCUAA